AUGAGCCCCAACAAGAACGAAACCGGUCCUGGGCUGUCGAGGAGUUUUCAGCAACCUUCUGAAUUAAAGGCUACCGAACCGUCUAACUUUACUCCGACUGAAACCCAGUCUGGACUAAGUUUGGAAGGUCUACAACACGCACCCAGACUCCCUCAGUUUCGGUCGGCAAAUGAUCGAAGGAAAUUUGACCAGGACUUACGAUAUGUGGAACUGGACGAUACAGCCACAGAACCUUUGUCCGAGAGUAAUGCACCUGUGCCCAAAGUGGUGUUUCCAGUCAAGGGUCUGUUGAGCGAGUCAUCUGCACGAAGUAUGGAAGAGUUGACAAGAAGAAAGAGAAAACUGGACCACUUACAAUGCUGUCUCAAACGCUAUGAAAUCGAGCGCGCUGAGGCCGGUCAAGCAGUCAAGCGGAUCGAAGAACGUCUGAACGAACUGAAACUGAGAACAGCGGACCUUCUGGGUUAUUCCAAUAGCCAGCCUACAGGUCGAAACACGUUGUAUCAGAUGACUCAACCGAACCGUCGUGUAAGCGGCAAUCUGUCAGGCACAAAAACAAACUGGAUGUAUGUGGACGCUGAGAAUUUAUUCCACCCUUCGGUCAGUGUGGCUCCGACCACAACCACCUACACAACCGGGCUGUUCAAAUCGAUCGAUCAAAAUCCAUACGGAGAGAGGCCACCAACAGACUGGAAUAUACCAUUUGCAGAAUAUGUCGGACAACAG